AUGAACAACGUCGUGGGCUUUUCAGCAGACACGUGCAAGGCGAUGAUCGGCGUGAAUAAUUCAGUUUCAGUGCUUCCUAAGAAGCCCGUCCCCAACAUCGUUCUGAUACUAAAGUGUGCGUGUCAUAGCGUACACCUUAUUGCGUCUCAUGCGUCAAAAGAGUUACCAAGAGAACUGGAAGGACUUGUUGAUUAUGUGUUCAACCAUUUUGCUCGCAGCCCUAAAAGAAGGGAAAGUUUUGAAGCUUUUGAAGACUUCGGGGACGGCACCAAGGAAUGUAUUCUUCGACCUUCAUCAACCAGGUGGCUAACUUUAAAAAAUGCCGUAAAUCGUAUUCUUCAGCAGUACAACGCCUUAUGUGUCUACUUCACUGAUGUAGUAGGCGAGGGAAGUUUAAACAAGAUCGAUAAAACCAUGGCCGACAUUCUGAAGACACGAGAUCUCUUGACGUGGCCAAGAAUUUGUCUCUUAUGCAUUAAGCACCCUAAACAAUUUAACACCACGUUUCAGGCCAUGCUGCCACUUGUGCAAGAACUCAAGAGAAAGUAUGAAAAAAUUAUUCGUGAGUUCGCCAGUAAUUUUAUGCACAUCGACUACGUCCGUGAAACUUCUUGGAUCAUUGCUCAUAACUCAAUUGAUGAAGUUAAGGAUUCAGCCACUGAAAGUGAAUUGGAGGAAUAUUCAAGUUUCCUUAUUAUUUCGGUUUUGGAAAACCAUUUUGGAAACGAUAUUGAUCGAGAUCUAUUAGAGCUGCCAGACAAGGAAAAUAGUUAG